UAUCCAAAAAACUUGAAACAGAGCAAGAGACGGAAAGCGCGCGUUGCCCUCUCUCUCUCUAUCUCUUUCACAUACCUUAAAUUCCCGCCUUCUCCAACUCGAGAUCUUUUCCUUCUCCUCAAAUUAACUUCCCCUUUCCAAAGCUCUCACUCCAUCGAUUUUUGUUUCGCAUUCGAUUCAGAUAAUCUGCAAUGCAGAUUUCACAAGAUCCGGCCAGGCGAUCUCACCACAAUUUCCUUCCGGUUUGGCACGUGGGACUGUAAGUUUAAGAAAAUUGAGGUGCAGUCCACAGUGGAUGAAAGAACUAGAACUUGAAAUUUUCCAGGAAGAGAUACCUUCCCAUUAAUAGCUGCUUGAACUAUUAUGCGCUUUGUAUCCCUUGGGCCUGUUGCUGGUUCAGAGGGUGCAGCACCAGUUAGAUUUAACAGUCCACCAAUGGCUUCCCCAUUAUCGUCCUAUCCCUCAUCAGAGAGAGGUGCAAAUCAGAGUUCAGCAACACCUAUUUGUCCUUCUACUGCUCAAUCUUUACCCUCCUCACAUGUCCCAUCUUCUGCCAGCCAGCCAAUGUUACACCAUCCCGUUCUACCGCCAAUGGUUCCACAACAGGUUUUACCUCCACCUGCUGGCUCACAGGCUUCUGGUUAUAGAGGUUCACCACCAAUUAGUUUUAACAAUUCAUCAAUGCCUUUCAGGCCAUCUUAUCCCUCAUCAGCUGUAGGUGCUUAUCAGCAUUUCCCAACACCUGUUGGCGCAGAGGCUUCUGGUUAUAGAGCUGCACUGCCAAUUAGGUUUAACAGUUCACCAACAUCUUGCCCACUAUCAUUUCAUCCCUCUUCAGAUGUAUCUGCUCAUCAGCGUUUCCCAACACUGAAUAAUCCUUCUGCUCGACCUUUACCACCUGUCCCACCUUCUGAUAGAAAGCCAGUGUUAUGCCCACCUGUUUCACCUUCAAUUGGUCAACAACAUGUUUUACCUCCAACUGCUUAUGUUCAUCCUCAGACUCAUAUCCCUUUAAUGACAAGUAAACCUCCACCUCAAACUGCAAACCUUACUGCACCAAGAGAUGAUAUCCUUCCAUCACCAUUAGGGUCACCAUUUCCUGCUGCCCAAUCAGUUUUGGAUCCAUCUUUGCACGGAUACCCCAGCAGGCAAGUCAAUCCAGUUACACAUGCUCCUGCAUCAUGUACUCCUUUUCUUGCUCAAAAAGGAGGUUUUGUACCACCAACAUCUGUAGGGACUCCUAUAGGCCCGAAUUCCGGGCAACAGAUGCAAUAUUCUAGCAUGGGACCUCCUGUAGGUGCAAUUCAGGGCUUGGUCGAGGAGUUCAGCUCUCUCUGUGUUGGAUUAUUUCCUGGAUCUGUUGAUCCUGGAAUCGAUAUCAAAGCACUGCCGAGGCCUUUGGAUGGUGACGUGGAGUCAAGUUCCUUUGUUGAGACAUACCCCUUAAACUGCCAUCCUAGGUAUUUGAGGCUGACAACUAGAGCAAUACCAAAUUCUCAGACUUUGUUCUCUAGGUGGCAUCUGCCUCUUGGAGUGGUGAUUCAUCCUCUGGCAGAAGCUCCUGAUGGGGAGAAAUUACCUAUUGUCAAUUUUGGACCAACAGGCAUUAUUCGAUGUCGAAGAUGUAAAGCACAUGUCAAUCCAUACGUCACAUUUUUUUAUCAUGGAAGAAAGUGGUGUUGCAACUUAUGCGAAUUUCUUAAUGAUGUUCCUGAUGAUUAUUUAUCUCGUUCGGAUUCAAGUGGUGGAAGAUGUGAUGCAGAACAGCAGCUUGUGUCUUUGAAGGGCAGCGUAGAAUUUGUUGCUCCAACUGAAUAUAUGUCCCGGCCUCCAAUGCCGCCCCGAUAUUUUUUUCUUAUCGAUGUAUCACUAUCCGCAGUUAGAAGUGGUAUGAUUGAGAUUGUUGCUAAGACCAUCAAGUCCUGUUUGGAUGAGUUGCCUGGCUUCCCUAGAACACAGAUUGGUUUCUUAACUUUCGACAGCACACUCCAUUUUUAUAAUAUGAAGUCGUCUUUGACACUCCCUCAAAUGAUGGUGGUAGCAGAUCUGGAUGACCUAUUUGUUCCCUUGCCGGAUGAUCUCGUUGUAAACCUGUCUGAAUCUAGAAAUGUGGUGGAUGCAUUUUUGGAUAGUUUGCCGUUCAUGUUUCAGGACAAUGCGAACAUAGAGUCUGCCUUUGGCCCUGCUCUUAAAGCAGCAUGCAGGGUUAUGAGCCAACUCGGAGGAAAAUUGCUGAUCUUUCAGACCACGUUACCGUCUCUUGGUAUUGGCUGCCUCAAGUUGCGUGGAAAUGAUCCUUGCAUUUAUGGAACAGAUAAAGAACAUACAUUAAGAAUAGCAGAAGAUCCAUUUUAUAAGCAAAUGGCUGCUGAACUUUCUAAUAAUCAGAUAGGGGUGAAUGUAUAUGCUUUCAGCGACCAGUAUUCUGAUAUAGCCUCUUUAGGAACUCUUGCAAAAUAUACAUGCGGCCAGGUAAACUAUUAUCCAUCUUUCCAAGGAGGCAUUCAUACAGAAAAGUUCAGAUGUGAGUUGACCAGGGACCUUACAAGGGAGACUGCUUGGGAAGCUGUGAUGCGCGUAAGAUGUGGAAAAGGGCUGCGGCUUACUACUUUCCAUGGGCAUUUAAUGUUCAGUUCCUCAGAUCUAAUGGAUCUCCCAGCUUUAGACUGUGACAAAGCCUUUGGGUUGGAAUUAUCUCUAGAAGAUACUUUAUUGACAACUCAAAACACAUUCAUUCAAGUUUCUCUGCUAUACACCUCAUCUUCCGGUGAAAGACGUAUCAGAGUCCAUACAGCAGCAGUACCUGUGGUAACAGAUCUUGGAGAGAUGUACCGCCACGCUGAUAUUGGGGCUAUUGUUUCUGUGUUGAGUAGGCUCGCAAUUGAGAAAACAUUAUCCCAUACGCUUGAAGAGGCUCGCCAAACUGUGAAGUUGAUAAUUGUAAAGGCCCUUAGAGAAUACAGGAACCUCUAUGCGACGCAGCAUCAGUUGGGUGUCAGGAUGAUAUAUUCAGAAUCACUGAAACUCUUACCUCUCUAUGGACUUGCACUGUGUAAAUCAGUACCUCUUCAUGGAGGAUAUGCCGAUGUUCAACUUGAUGAAUGCUGUGCAGCUGGUUUCAAUAUGAUGAUUUUGCCUGUUAAACAGUUGAUGAAGCUACUCUAUCCCAGCUUGACUCGUAUCGAUCACCACCUUGUAAAGGCACCAGCUGAUGCUGAUGAUUUCAGGAACCUCUCGAAACAAUUACCUUUGGCAGCUGAGAGCUUAGAUCCUACAGGCCUUUAUAUGUAUGACAACGGAUUUUGCUUCAUUAUUUGGUUCGGUGGAAUGUUAUCUUCUGAGAUCGUCAAAAAUUUAAUUGGAGGAGAUUUAACUUGUUUCCCUGAUCUCUCCAAGGUGAACCUUACUGAGUUCGACAAUGAAGUGUCAAGAAAGCUAAUGGGAAUAAUACGAGCCUCAAGGGAGAACUGUCCUUCUGAUUAUCAUGUGUGUCAUCUUGUAAGACAAGGAGAACAACCAAGAGAAAAUACAUUGCUGGUAGCGAAUCUUAUUGAGGACCAGACCAGGGGGAUCUGUAGCUAUGUUGAUUGGAUCCAGCAAUUACACCGGCAAGUCCUGCAAAUUGCAUGAAUAGUUGGUAGUGCGUUGUGAAUUGGUAGUCGCAAGAUUUUAUUUUAUUUUCCCUGUUUUUCCCUUUGCUUUAUACCUUCUUCUGUUCUGUCUUUAGGAUAUCGUUUAUACACAGUAUGGUUUGUUAGACUGAAACAUGUUGGGAAAGUUUUCACUAUAUAAUCCCCCAAAGAAGCAAACUAUCAAGAAACAAUCACGUUGAUAUUGGAAUGUACAUGUCUUGAGCUUC